AUAGAUAGAUAGAUAGAUAGAUAGAUAGAUAGAUAGAUUUUUUUGUUGUUGUUUAUUUACAUUUCCUGUGUCCACAAACUUCUAAUAGCGGUAAUUUUUCCAAGCUGCAAAUCUUCAUUAAGACCGUGAUGAAUUUUUUUCCCUCCUAAAUUAUCCCAUUACGUUUGACAUAAACGUCCCAGUGUGCGGCCUCUGAUUGGUUGGCUGACGGGCCACGUGACCCGCGCGGCCGUCUGUCUAUUUGACAGCCGCAGGAUGGCUCGAUGCCAGAGGGGGAAAAGAGACAGAGAGAGGAGAUAGAAAGAAAAAUUAGUAUUCUCCUGUUAUCCUCGCUAUAAAUCAAUCAUGGAGUCCUUCGUGGUGAGCUGUAAAUACGCCGAGCCGCAGUUCCCGCCUUGUGAAGAAGAUUACAGUAAUUUUAGUGACCAAGGGGGGUAUUACAACAGCCCUCAGGACAAUGGCAGUUAUGCAGGGGGUUAUCAGCCUAUGCAGCCUCAUCCGCCUGUGUACGCAUCACAACAAACCGGCUACCAACAAUCUGUACAGGGCCAUCACCGGGACGAUGCAGAGGAGCGGCCACAGCAUCAGCAGCAGCACACUGCGACCUACCCGCUGUACAGAGAGCCAGACACGUCCGAGAAGGAGAGGUUCCCCGCGGGAGACCUGCAGUGCCACCAGGCCUGGAUGACCUGCGCCAAGCCGGCUCAGGUGCAGAGGAAAGCGGCUGGCCUGGGGAAGGACAAGCCGCCCAUUGUCGUCUACCCCUGGAUGAAGAAAGUGCACGUUGCGCAUGUCAAUCCCAAUCACGUUGGGCCGGAACCGAAGCGGCUGCGCACAGCGUACACGCGCCAACAAGUCCUUGAGCUCGAGAAGGAGUUCCACUUCAGUCGGUAUCUCACGCGCCGCCGCCGGGUUGAGGUGGCCCAUGCUCUCUGUCUAUCCGAGCGGCAGGUGAAGGUGUGGUUUCAGAACCGGCGCAUGCGCUGGAAGAAAGAUAACAAGCUUCCCAACACCAAAGGAAGGAGCAAAAGCAAGAAAGCGACGGACAGCAACAAUAACAGCAGCGACUGCAGCGUGAAGGCAGCGAUAACCGUCUGACAUGAGCCGAAGUGAUCCAAGCUGUUCAGUCCUGAAAUAUUUGAACUGCUUUAAAGCGUUGUGAUGUUUAUUUUAUUAUUAUUGUUUGUAUUCUGAAGGAUGUUGUAUCAAGGUCAGCCUCAUA